AUGUCUGAAAGUGUGUUUGAUCUCGCUUGCGACAACAAUUUGGUGGAAGUGGUCAAUCGGAUUAAUGGUUGUUCAAACUGCGAUGAAAUCGUUCGCUUGGUGAAUCAGAGCCUAGAUAAAGUAUGUGGUUGGACCCCUCUGCACGGUGCAGCACAAGGUGGUCAUCCGGAAAUGGUCAAACUCCUCCUUUCAAACGGGGCCAAGGUUGAUGCUCUGACCGACACGGAUUACACGCCAUUACACCUUGCUGCUUCAGGAGGACAUGAGCCAAUUGUGGACAUCCUUUUGCAAAACCAAGCUGAUCCCAAUAUUUCCACCACAGCGGGGUUAAAUGGCACGGCCUUGCAUUAUGCAGCUGGGAAAGGACACGAGGCCAUAGUUAGCAAGCUGAUUUCCCACUCGGGAUGUAAUAUAAAUCAAUUGAGCGACGAUUGUUGCACCCCGCUGUAUUAUGCUGUUUUGGGGAAUCACGCCAAUAUCGUGGCCGAUCUGAUCCAUGCUAAGGCCACUGUCAACGACUCAGAUUGCGAAGGCACCACACCUCUCCAUGGGGCGGCUCAAUUUGGCCUUCUACCGAUUGUGAAGAUGCUGAUCGAGGCUGGGGCCGACAAAGCAGCCAAAGAUCGUUUCAAUCGAACCCCUGAGGAUUUGGCCAAAGAGAUGGCGCAAAAACGGACCUUGGAAUAUUUUCGAAGCCUUCAUUAGUUACUGUUCAAACCCUUGCGAGGGGAAUAAAAAUGUCUAUUUUCCAUAAAUGC